AUGCUGCUGGUGUUCACGGUGGGCCCCGCGGCCGCCGCCACCGCCCAGCUGCACACCGUGAAACGAGGCCGCCAGCUGCUGGUGCAUUGCUGGGCUAGUGUGGGUACGGCAAUGCUGGUGAGCUGGGUGCUUGCGCUGCCGUACCUGCCGGUUAUGGUACGGCAUUGGCUGUACACGCUGGCCAGUGCCACCUUCCUGACGGGAGUGUUUGAUAUCCUUGGAGCUGUUGCCUAUCUAGGACUGGGCAUCACUGCGGCGCCCGCCUUUGACCGGCCCUGGCUGUGCGACAGCUUCCAGGAUUUCUGGGCACGCCGUUGGAACCUAACCACCACGUACAUGAUGCGAGUCCUGGUUUAUGAGCCCGUCAUUGAGGGGCGUCUGCUGCCAGCGACAUGCCGCCGGAGAGCCAAGCCGUCGAAGGCGGAGGCGGCGGCGGCCGCAGCAGCAACGCCGCUGGUGGUGGGGGCAGCCCCGGGUGGCCGUACCACCCUGCAGAGCCAGCAGGGCUGCCUAGCACCCGCUGGCGAUUCGGCUGUAGCUAUAUCAGGGCCGUCAGAAUCGGAAUGUGCGAACGGUGUCGUACCGUCCGGAAAGACCGUGGUUCCGGAGCCUGGCACGAGGCAUGCCGCAGAAGUCGGUACUGGGCUGCGCCAGCGCCAGAGAACCGCCGUACCGGUCACUGAUACGGCAUUACUAGCACAUGAUCAAGCUAUCGACGAAGGCGGAGGAAAAGAACGUACGGUGGCGUGCGGAGCAUCUCAGCCGCCAGCGUCAGCGGCGAGGAAGGGGUCGGCGGAGGGUGCGGCAGCAGGGACUGGCGGCGGCGGCGGCGGCGGCGGCGACAGCGGUGCCAGCCGGCCUCCCGUUUCCAAGAUGCGGCGUUUCUGGGGCCUUCAGGCUGUUUUCCUUUUCAGCGGACUUUGGCACAUCCUAAUAUUCUGGUACAAUACCCACGUGUUCAGCUGGCGCUGGUGUGCGUUCUUCGCUAUUCAGGCGCCGCCGCACGGUACUGUAGUACGGAUAGCGCGUUCAGACAUGGGUGUAUGUACGACACCGAUCUUCAUGGCCAACUUUUUGCUCAUCGUAGUGGCCAGACCUCUUUUCUUCGGGCCCACCGACACGACGGGCUUUGCGAUGCGCAAUCUGGCGGUGGGUCAGGCGCCGCUGUGGGCGCUGGCAGAUCUCAGCCGCAGGGCGCUGGCACGCUUCUAA